GCUGAAUCCACAAUGUGAUCAAAUGUCGCUACUGCUCGAUUUUACUAAUCAUUAUAGUGGAUCGUCUUUUUCACCACUUUUUUGAUGAUCGAAGAUUAUUUUAUUUUGUUGUUUUUGCUGUAUUGAUUUAACAAUUUUAAUAAAAUGACUUCUACACUUAUUGCAGCAGGCAUUGGCCUUGCUGUAGUAGGUUUUACUGGGCGUUAUAUAUUUAAAAGAAUGCCGCAAUUAUCUCAAAAGAUGGCAGAAGCUUAUAAAAAUGUACCAAAAUUAAAUUCACAGACAUUAGCAAAUAGUAAAUAUUACAAAGGAGGUUUUGAGUCUAAAAUGACUCGACGAGAAGCUAGUUUAAUAUUGGAUGUAUCACCAACUGCAAGUAAAUUGAAAGUAAAACAACAAUUUAAGAAAAUUAUGUCUGUAAAUCAUCCAGAUAGAGGUGGAUCUCCAUAUAUUGCUGCAAAAAUUAAUGAAGCAAAAGAUUUACUAGAAAAAUGAUUUAUAUAUAGAUAAAUGUAUACGUAUAGAUAGUCUGUAUGAAAUUUGUUUGCAUCUAGCCCCGUGAUUGUAAUUUGAAUAAGUAUUUUAUUUAACUUAUAAUAAAAUUAUUUAUACAUAAUAAUGAUUCAUUUCUAAUUUUGAUGCUGAUUGAACUAAAAAUUAUAUUGAUAAAAGUA